UAACCGCGGCAUAAAACCCUUGGAGUGGUCGACAAAGGCUCCGUUUCAUCAAGCGCGACUUUAGAAUAUGGCGAAAAUUUUCACUGUCAGCCUCCUGGCGCUAUGCGCACUGGUCUUACCUACACACGGGCAACAAGCGGAACCGUUAUCGGCGAGCAUAAAAACAGGAAGCGGAGGUUCCGGAUCUCAAAACCCGGAUCCACAGUGGCUCCCAGGGCCAGGCAGUGCUCCACGUUCCAGAAGACGUUGCCCACGUGGUAAAGUCUACAAGGAGUGCGUGAGCAGUACAUGUGGCGAGUACAAGUGCAAGCACCUUUAUCGAUUUCGUGAGAGAAAAUGCACAGCUGACUGCCGGUCGGGAUGCUUCUGUGCCUGGCCCUUCUUCAAGAACAAUGACGGACGCUGCGUGCCAUUCUGGCAGUGCUAUACUUACACAUUCGGCAGAUGGCUUGGACGACGUCCCUCGGCUGGCAUGGACCAAGGGACUGCGCAGCCUGGCAGUUCGGGCUCAGCGUCUAGACCUGGUACAAAGGGUGCAGUGUCAGGACCGCAGCUUGGAGGCUCCACUAGCGUGGUUAACCAAUUGCCAGGUGGGUCAGACCAAUUGGCUGGUCCGUUACCUGGUAGCUCACCUACCGUACCUGGCUGGCAGCCUCAAGGCGACUGGGGCAGCACGAAUGGCUUGGAGAAUGGAGGUUGGAGCUAUGGGCCUAACGAAUACCUUGCUAAUGUUUGGGGCGUGCCGACGUCCGGAUAUCCCGAUCAGUGGAACUUCGGAAAUAACAAUGUAGGUUCUGGAACUACCAGCGGGAACUUCAUAGGUAGAAACAGUGGCCCCGGAAUCGGCCAUGGGGGCGUCGGAAAUGGCAUUAGCGACGUCGGAAGCGGAAACGGGGGCUUUGGAAGUGCCACCGCGGGGCUCGCCAAUGGCAAUCCUGGCUUAGCAAGUGGCGUUGGUGACGUCGGAAAUAGCAUUGGUGGCAUCGGAAGCGGCGGAUUCGGAAGAGAGAGCAUGGGCUUGGCAGGUGGCAACACUGGCUUCGGAAGUGGCGACGCGGGCUUCAUAAGCAGUGGCCUCGGAACUGGCUCGGCUGGUUUCACAAGUAGCAACGGGGUCUUCGGAACUGGCAACAUUACCCCAGGCACUGCCAGAGGGCUUGCAUAGACUAGCUGUUUCGAGUGCCUAUUCCCUUCAGCC